AUGACGAGGUUUGCCAGUGGUACAAAAUUACCCACAGUAGGAAAAACGAAAGCUUCCACAAUGAUGAAAGCUGUGGAAGAGUAUAUGAGACUGGAUACCAUUCCAGGGAGACAGUGCAUGUCCUCCUGCUUCUUUCUUCUUGGACAGUUUGAUAAUGUCCUGAUUUACCUCAACUCAGUCAAGAGUUACUUCUACAACGAUGACACUUUUAACUUCAACUACGCCCAAGCCAAAGCUGCCACGGGCAAUUUUAGUGAGGCUGAAGAGGUGUUCCUUUUGAUCCAGAGUGAGAAGAUAAAGAAUGAUUUUGUUUACCUUAGCUGGCUAGCUCGCUGCUAUAUUAUCAAUAAGAAACCACAGUUGGCCUGGAAGCUCUAUCUGAAGAUGGAGACCUCAGGGGAGUCCUUUAACCUUUUGCAGCUCAUUGCAAAUGAUUGCUACAGAAUGGGUCAGUUUUACUAUUCAGCCAAAGCAUUUGAUGUUCUGGAAAGACUGGACAGUAAUCCUGAAUACUGGGAAGGCAAGAGAGGUGCAUGUGUGGGUGUCUUCCAAAUGAUCUUAGCUGGCCGAGAGGCAAAACAGACUCUACAGGAAGUAUUGCAUCUUCUGAAGAGCACCAGUAAUUCUCAAGUAGAAUAUGUUGUCCGCAUCAUGAAAAAGUGGGCCAAGGAGAACAGAGUCCCUGUUUAAGUCAGUGCCACAAAAUGAACUGGGUCAGUUACUAGUGUGUGUGUGGCUGUAAGGUAUGGAUCUUGGUUUCUCCUGUGCAUUCUGUGUAUCUCCUUCCUUGCAGGACUUAAGACUGUCAAGCAGAUUGACCCAGCUGAGCGAGAGCAUAGUACAGUGAGAUUGAAAAAUAUUCAG